AUGGCCGAGGAACAGAAGCCCGUCGAGGUCCCUAAGGACGCUCCCGUCGCCGAGACUGCUGAGGUCAAGCCUGUCGAGGCCCCCGCCGCUGAGGAGGUAGUUGCCGAGGCUGCUCCCGCGGAAGCCACCGAGGCUGCCCCCGCCACCACCGAAGCUGCCGCUGAGGCCGCGCCCGCCGCUGAGGAGAAGAAGGAGGAGGCUGCCCCGAUUGAGGCGGGUAACCUUGACCACAAGGGCGCUGGUGCUAACUUCCCCAAGAACUUGUACUAUUCGAAGCAGCCCUUCUGGUUCGGCACUGACGCCAUCGAGAAGAAGGCCCUGACUGCCUAUCUUAAGCACGAGAAGUCCACUGUCGUUGCCUACCACAACGCCUCGUGGGCUCAGACCACUGGAAAGGGUCUCCUCUUCUUCGGCGACAAGAAUGCCCCCACCGGCAUCAUCAACCUUGCUGAGGCAACCGAGCCCCAGACCGACGGUACCAGCAAGUUCCACUUUGCCGCCAACGGACAGAAGCACUCUUUCAAGGCUGCCAGCAAGGCCGAGGCUGAGAACUGGGUUUCUCAGAUCAAGAAGUACAUUGCCGAGGCCAAGGAAACUAGCGCCACCAUCACGGAGAACGAGGCCUACAAGGCGGCUCACGAGGCUUACAAGCCUGCUGUGAAGAAGCCCGAGGAGAAGGCUGAGGAGAAGAAGGAAGAGGAGGAGCCCGUCGCCGCCGCCGCUGCGACUGAGGAGGCCAAGCCCGCCGAAGAGACUCCCGUCGUCGCCGAGGAGGCCGCCGCUGCUGAGCCUGCCGCCGAGGAGGCCAAGGCCGCCGAGGAGUCUGCUAAGGAGGACGAGUCUAAGCGUCGUUCUGCCAGCCGGAAGCGAAGCUCUGUUCUUGGCUUCUUUGCCAAGAAGGACAAGAAGGAAGACAAGAAGGAGGAAGCUGCUCCCGUCGCUGCUGAGGAGGCCAAGCCCGCUGAGGCUACCGAGGCCCCUGCUGCCGCUGAAGAGCCUGCUGCCGCUGCCGAGGUUCCCGCUGUCGCUGCUGAGGAGGCCCCUGCUGCCGUGGUCGAGGCUCCUGUUGAGGAAGCCAAGCCUGCCGAGGAGGUCGCUGCCAAGGAGGCCCCCAAGGAGAAGCCUGCCAACGUUAAGCGCAACAGCUUCUUCAACCUUCUGCAGAAGAAGGAUAAGAAGACCCCCGUUGAGGAGCCCAAGCCCGCGGAGGCUGCCACCACGACUCCUCUUGCUGAGGCCGUCGCUCCUGCCGCCGAUGCCGCUGUUGCUGAGGUCAAGGAGACCGUUGCCGCCACCAACGGUGAAUCCAAGAAGGAGGUCAAGUCUGAGAAGCGCAAGUCGUCGCUUCCUUUCCUCGGCAAGAAGGAGAAGGUCGUCCUUUCCUCCGAUGAGGAGGGUGAGAAGACCCCCAAGUCCCCUAGCGCUUUCUCGAAGCUCAGGGCUACUAUCAAGGGUCGUUCUAAGGCCACUCCCGCCGAGAAGGCCGAGGAGAAGCCCGCCGAGGCUGUCGCCGAAGAGGCCAAGCCUGCUGAGGAGGCUGCGCCUGCCGCUGUUGAGGAGGAGGCCAAGCCUGUCGAGGCUGCCAAGGAGGAGGAGGAGAACAAGCCCGAGGCUGUCGCCACCGCCCCUGUCCCUGCCGUCACUGCCGCCGCUUAG